AUGAGACACCCGGAUAGGGGAGGUCUGGGAUUCCCUGACCUCAAGGCAUACUACCAUGCAACACACAUCGCCAACAUGCUCCAAAUGCACUCCACCACAUACACCCCCCAGUGGAUCUCCAUUGAAGCCAGCUGUGGAGGACAAACAGACCUUGCAGCAGCUAUGUGGAUGCCUAAGAAACUGCGCAAUGUUCCCCGAGACACCCUACCCACCACAAAACUACUAUACAACAUAUGGGACAACCACAGGACCGCAUUCUGCUCAGCCAGACCGUGGUCGAUGGCAAAACCACUAAAAACGAUUGCACUCCAUAACAACACAUUCCCUUAUAGAACAUGGCAAGCCCACAACAUCACACACCUACACCAAAUCUGCACCGAAAAAGGCCCACUCCCGCUCUUAACACUGCAAACCAAAUACAAUAUCCCAGCCAAACUAACAUUCUCACAUUGGCAACUGAAAACACUCUUAGACAGCACUACAGGCAACGAACCACCACCCCGAUUUGAUCCCAACCUCACAUCAUUCGAAAAAAUGUGCCUUCACCUCACCCCCACCCAAAAAACAUUAUCAGUGUGUUAUAGACACAUAAACGCACACAAGCCAGAUCCAGAGUGGCAAUUUAAAAAGGACUGGCACAGAGAUAUCAAUAGAACCCUCAUGCCAGACGACUGGAACCACAUAUACGCUAACCAUAAGGGACUCACGUCGUGCGCCUCGCACCUAGAAGCCUCACAUAAGCUACUAUAUAGGUGGUACAUGGUACCUACAAGACUUAAGAAAAUCUACCCUAACAUGAGUGACAAAUGCUGGAGAUGUCAGACCCAAACAGGGACCAUGUUACACAUUUGGUGGUCAUGUACCCAGGUCCAACCGUACUGGACACAAAUAGCAGAGAUAAUAAGAGGGGCCACAGGAUGCAUCCUCGAACACAACGCUGAAACAUUCUUGCUCAAACUUCUGCCCACCAAUAUACCCCACAGUAUAACUAAACUGAUGUUCCUCACACUCACCUCAGCGUCCACCUUACUGGCAAAACACUGGAAAACCCCCCAGAUCCCCUCCAUGGCGGAGGUGACAGCAAUGGUCACUACCACCCUGGACUAUGAGGUGAUCCUAUGGAACCAAACAAAAAUAGGCAAAGGGAGUGCUACAGCGAAAAAGAUCUGGACCACUUACAUAGAGAAGAAAACCCUCCAAGCUGCAGCUAGGGGCACUGCCAACACCGAUACAACUACGUAA